AUGACUUUCCUGAACUCUAACCUUAACCUGACAGAGAACAUCACCACCAUCAUCCGACCCCCUUACUUCUACAUCAGUGGAUUCACAGGGAUCCCCAACAUGGAGUACUACUAUGUCUUCCUCUUCCUCGUGUACAUCAUCUCUCUGAUGGGCAAUGCCAUCGUCAUGUUUGUCAUCUUCAUGGACCGCAGUCUCCACAGCCCAAAGUACAUCGCUGUCUUCAACCUGGCCUUCACAGAUGUGUGUGAGACCACAGCCUUGGUCCCCAAGCUCCUGGAUAUGUUCCUUUUCGGCAGACAGUUAAUUUCCUACGACCAAUGUCUCACCAACCUAUUCUUCGUCAUCAUCUUCCUAUUACUGCAGUCCUUCAACCUCACCAUCCUCUCCUAUGACAGACUGGUGGCCAUCUGCUGCCCACUCAGGUACCACAUGUUAGUGAGUCACAGGUCCAUGUUUCAGCUGACCGGUGCUGCCUGGGCAUUGGCUUUGUUAGUUGUUUUGAUCUAUGUUGGAUUAAUCACCCGCCUCUCCUUCUGUGGGUCUGUGGUGAUCAACAGCUACUUCUGUGACCAUUAUCCUCUGUACAUUCUGGCAGCCCCCUGUUCUGACGUGCUCCCUAACCGUGUGAUGUCAAACCUCAUCCCCUGUUUAAUCCUCUAUAUUCCCAUGAUCUUCAUCAUAGCAUCUUACAUCUGUAUCAUCCAUGCACUCUUCACCAUCACACAUCCCCAGGACAGAUACAAGGCCAUAAAGACAUGCACCUCACACCUGAUACUAGUGGCAAUUUUUUAUCUACCCAUUAAUAUCACCUACAUUUUCGUGUCCUACAUCCCUGCCAACAUACGGAUCAUCAACCUCUCCCUGACCUCUGUGCUGCCUCCCAUGCUCAACCCUAUCAUAUACGUUCUGAAGACGGAGGAGUUCAAGGAAUCAGCCAAGAGCCUCCUUAAAAGUGUAGUCAAGAGAGCCGUGGGUUCACUAACGUUUACAUGA